AUGGGAAACCAUACUGAGGUCACUGAAUUUAUAUUGGUGAGCUUUAAGGGUCAGCCACAAAUGCAAAUAGUUUUCUUAUUGCUUUUUUUGCUGAUGUACACCAUCACUCUGGUGGGAAAUGCUGGUAUGAUCUUAAUCACCAGUUCCGAUUCCAAACUCCAUACUCCUAUGUACUACUUUCUAAAGAACCUGUCCUUCUUGGAUAUUUGCUACUCUUCAGUCAUCACUCCCAAAGCCAUGGUGAGCUUUGCAACAGGGGACAUGGCCAUUUCCUACAAUGGAUGUGCAACCCAGAUGUUCUUCUUCUCUCUCUUUGGAACCACAGAGGCCUUUUUCCUGGCUGUGAUGGCAUAUGAUCGAUUCAUUGCUGUCUGUAGCCCACUUCUCUACCAUACCAUUAUGUCCAAGAAGAGGUGUAUGUGUCUUGUGUGCAUCUCUUACUUCUUUGGUUGUGUCAACUGCUGCACCCAAACUGGGUUUACAUUUAGUUUGGCAUUUUGUGGCCCAACUCAUGUAAACCACUUCUUUUGUGAUGUCCCAGCGGUCAUGAAGGCCUCCUGUUCAGACACAUUUGUAAAUGAAAUGGUGCUCCUUGUAGUCUGUGGUCUCAUCAUUGUGACCACAGCCAUAAUUGUCCUAGUAUCUUACAUUUACAUUGUUACUACCAUCUUGCACAUACCGUCUGGCAAAGGGAGACACAAAGCUUUCUCAACUUGCACUUCCCAUUUGAUGGCAGUAAGCUUGUUCUUUGGGACAGUUUUCUUUAUGUAUGCCCAGCCUGGGGCCAUGUCCUCUCCCAAUCAAGGAAAAGUGGUGUCCGUUUUCUACACAGUUGUCAUUCCAAUGUUAAAUCCGAUCAUCUAUAGCCUAAGGAACAAGGAGGUCAAACAGGCUCUGAUCAGGCAACUCAAAAGGAAAGGCUUUGUCUGUUGA